GAAUAGUGUUCAGUGUACUUAUGAUAAGGGUUAGUCCAAAAUCUUAGUGGGCAUAAAAAAAAUAGGUAAAUACUAUUUUGGACCUUUUGUUUUACAAAAGUUACCAAUUGGACCCUGUGUUUUGUUAAAUGACAAAAUGGACCCUGUAUUUUCUAAAAUAGUACAAAUAGGACCCUAAAUUGAUUUUUUGUCAAAAUAAAAUUUAAUUAUAAUCCGAUCUAAAAGUGUUAUGACAAAGCUGUUUACAUUUUUUGUAUCUAUUCGUAUUAAGCAUUGUCUUCAAGUUGGUUGUAUUAAAAAAAAUUGUUAAAAAUUAAGCUUAGGGUCCUGUUUUUACAAUUUUAGAAAAUACAGGGUCCAUUUUAUCAUUUAACAAAAUACAGGGUUCAAUCUGUAACUUUAGCAAAACACAGGGUCCAAAAUGGAAUUUACCCAAAAAAAAUUGGACCCUUAUUUGAAAAAAAAUGUAGUAUGCUUCAAUAUUAGUAAAAAAAAUUGUAUUUUUAAAAGGAAAUAAAUAUUUUUAGUUCUCUGAGCUAGGUGGAUCUUAAGUAUAAGCCUACUCUUGAUGAACGAUUCAGCUGGUGAAUCUCACCAAUUAUGUUGUUCGUUUAUUGUUUCCAACUAGGGCAUUACAAAAAUAAAAUUAUGUGGGCACGACAAAUAUAGUGGCCCAAAAUCCAUUUUUUCGGGGAAAUUUACACCCACUACUGAUUUUUCCCAUUUUAUUUCAUUUAUACUGUGCCACGCUGGAAACAACAUUUAUACUGUUUUUUUUUUUUGGCAGUUUACUGCCUUGAAACUUUAGCCGUGUAAGGGACUUCUCAUUGCCACUUGUCACGAUAGGGUUUUGCCACGUUUAUUUUUUUUUUUUAAAAAAAUAUUUUUAAUUGUUUGAUUUAACGGUUAUGUGUUCUGAUCAAAAAGGUAUUGUAUUUAUGUAUUUUUCUUUUAUUUUUUUUUAUUAUUUUCGAAUAUAAAUUUUGUAAUUGUAAAUCUCUCUCACCUCAACUGUUCAUCUUCUUCCCCAUUUUCAGUUUUCUUAUACGGUUGUAGUAGUGGGUGGUUUUUUCAUUUUAAAAAAUUUCAAAUCCCAUCCCACUAUCUUAAACUUCCCUCUCAUUUUCCCUCCCAUUUUUAUUAUUUUUGUCUAUAAAUACCUUCAUAGUUCUUGAUAAUGGCCGUUACUCGUUCAUCACCAUCUCCGGCUAAAGUUACAAAACCCACAAAACAAUCGCAGAAAACCAGACCCAAAUCAAAAAUGGGUAAAAAAAAUCUGAAAGAGAACCCUCCUAGCCCCACUUCCCCUUCUGUUAAAAGAAAAACCAUUGCUGGACCUUCGAAGAACACUCGAGGAAAAAGACCUCGAACUGUUGUUGAAAAUUCAGACUCAGAUUUUGAGUUGGAUUCUGAAUUUCUUAAGUCGCCUGUUUCUGUUAAGGUAUUUUACUAUUUAUCUGUUGUUGUUUUUGAGGUUUUUUGUUUUUUUUGUUAAAUUCGAUUUUUGAAGUUCAUAUAUCUGGGUAUUUGUUUGUUUUUGUUUAUGUAUUUGUAAUUGUUUUAUAUAUAUUGUUUGAUUUAUUUAUGUGUUUUUGUUAAUUUUUUAUUUGUUGUUUUGUUAGUGUUGUUUUGUUUUAUUUUAGGGCAAGGGUAAAUCCCCUGUAAAGGUGUUGCCAUCAUCAGGUGUUUCUGAAGAAAUUCCUGUUAAUAGGAUUGUUGAGGUUUGUCAUGUUAUGCAUUUUGUUCUAUGUUUUUUUUAUUGUUUUUUUGUUGUUGUUAUUUUCGUAGUGUUUUAUGGUGUUUUAUCAGUGUUUUUAUUGUUCUGUUUUUUAGGAUUGGGAAUGCAAGUACACCCGAUCUCAAUUCUAUCAUUCUAGAGUAGUAACAUCUGGGUAUUACUCUGUACUUGGUGACAUUAAGAGAAUUUUAACUGAAAGCCAAUUGGAAAUUUUUUCAAAAUCUGUGUUUGGUUAUUUUCUUCGAAUUCCUGAGUACAUAAUUCAUUACCAAUUGCUUCAUUGUUUGCUGUUGAGGGAGGUUCAGCAGCCUAAUGGGUUGGAGUUUUGGAUUUGUGUCCAAUGGAAAUACCUUAGGUUUAGUAUCGAAGAGUUUGCGUUGGUCACGGGGUAGAUUGUCAUGUUGAUUCUGAUUUUUAUCAGUUUAAGCAAGAUGAUAAUGAAUUGGUCAAACAUUGUUUUAAGGGGUACAAAAAAAUUACCAAGGGUGCUAUUCAGACUGCUUUUAUUGCUGACAAUCUUAAGGAUAACGACGAUCUUGCAGUCAAGUUGGCUGUAUUGUAUUUUGUGCAGUGUUAUUUGUUAGGUAGUCCCCCGGGUAAAGUUGUUUCGUCUGAGGAAAUAGAUGUUGUCGAUAGUGGUCGAUAUAAUGAAUUUGGGUGGGGCAAGCAUUGUUUUGAUAUCACUAUGCAUUCUUUGAAGGGUAAGAUAGAUUCUGGUUAUAAGAGGGUAGUUCGUAGUGACGAGGAUGGUGGGUAUUACAGGUUAUUGGGUUUUCCUUUGGCUAUUCAAUUCUGGUUUUUCGAGUGUUGCCCGUAUGUUAUUGGGAAACUGUCCUUGUACUCAAAUGUUGGCAUUCCAAGGAUUUUGAAUUGGCCUAAAUUACCCAAGGACAAGGAGGGUAUGGUGAAAAUGGAUGUCAUGAACACCCUCAUUUUCGAUCGGUCUUUGAAAGAGUUAAAAUUAAGAAACAUCACUCCAACUUCCGUUGAGAGAUUGAGUUUGAGCCUCACUGAUUUUUUCUCUGGUGAGACUACUCCCGAGGCUGUAAAAUUCAAAAUUAAAGGUGGUUCCAAGCCUGCUGGUCAACCUGGCUUGAUGGGUUCUUCUUCAUCAUCUGCUCAUGAGAAUGUCUCCCGAGUUGAGUUUGAGGAAUUUAAAAAGUGUUUAUCUGUUGUUGUCAGCCAGCAAGGGAUUCUUAUGAAAUCUGUUGCUGAGAUGAACAAGAAGCUGGACAUUCUUAUUGAGUCAUCCCAAGGUGGUCUUACUCACAAUGGAUCUCAGUCUGAAGAUGCUCUUCGUACUUCAGAAAAUGAGGAUGAUGAAGAUUCCACUUCGGAGGAAGACGAGGAUGAUAAAUUCGACGAUGACAAAGGAGAUGAUCAUCAUGACGAUGAAACUGAUGAUGAUGAUGAUGAUCUGGGUGGAGAUGGUGUUGGUGCUGGUCAGGAUGAGGCUCACACGGGCGAUGUUCGUAACGAUGAGGGUGUUGUUGUCCCCGAGGUUGUUUCGAGGGAUGAUGAUACCGGCAAGGUGGAUGAUGCCAAGAAUUCUGACCCUGUGGAACCUAUUGCAGAGAUCAAACAGAUGUAUUUCUUGUUUGGACAUCAUUUUUUUUGUGCUUUUUUGUGUGGAUUUCUGUGUUUUGUGUUUGUUUUAAUAGUUUUUUACUGUUUUUUUUGUUGUCAGCCUGAACAGUCUCAAGGUGGGGAGGAGAACAUUGAUGUUGAUGCAACAAUUGCAUCUGCUGUUAAAGCUGUGGAGAAUUUGAUUGGUUCCUCAACUCAUGCCCCUGCUCCUGUUGAGACUUAUGAGAAGACUGAUCUUGAAAUGGUUGUUUUUCAAGAGACUCCUAUUUUACGUCCUCAAAAGAGGGAUCGGAAGAAAGGAGCUGUUUUGAAAUCCCCAUUCAUUGAGCUUGCUUCUGGUGCAUCUAAAUCAGGUUCAUCCUCAGUUUCUCCUGAUGAUUCUGUGUAUAAGGUCGUUAAAUAUGUGCGUGGUUUGUGUCCGUUGGACAACAAGAUUGGUGAACCUGUCGAUCCACAAUUGGAAGCUGAGUUUGUCAAGUGGGUUGAUACAGGUCUUAGAAAGCAUAAAUCUAAGUAAGUAUUUUUGUAGGUGUUUUCAGUUAUAUAUCUGUUAUCGUUUUCCAUUUAUUUUUUAUUUUUUAUUUGUGUUUUGAUAUUUUUUUUUUGUUUUUUUUAGCACAACAACUAAUGUGUAUUGUAAGGGUAAGGACACAAUAUUUCUGCCAUUUCGUUUUGGUGUUGAGGACAUCAGUAACAAGAUGUGGUUUCACAACCUUGCCUACCCUAAUUGUUUCCUUACCAAUUCUGUAAGUUUUUAUUUUAUUAUUAUUAUUAUUUUACAUAUUGUUUUUUUAUUUAUUUUUUUUAAUGUUUUUAAGUGUUGUUCUGUUAGUUUUUUAUAAGUUUGAAUGUUUUUUUACUUACUUUUUUUUUUCUUUUUGUUCAGCACAUUGACAUCAUUUUCUAUUAUCUUCGUAAGAAAAUAAUGUACUCAGCCGAGCCGAAAAUCAAAGUCACCACAACUGAUUGCCUCUUUUGUUCUAGCAUAACAACUUUGUAUGAGAAGUUUGUUGAGAAAAACAACGAUAUAUCGGUGUUGUCUCUUUCUCACAAUGUGGCCCAGUACAUACAAGGUGGUAAGAUAUUAUGUGCCACUCCUUGGCAUUUGGUUGAUCAUGUUGUUAUGCCUAUCAAUGUAAAAUUACAGGAUCAUUGGAUUUGUGGUCGUCUUAACAUAGUUGACAGGCGCAUAUCUCUGUACAAUUCAUUGCGUUCUGGGAGGUAUAUGACAGCUGCCAAAGAGGCUUGCAAGCCUUUCUCUGUUAUUUUACCAUAUUACUUCUCUAUGUUAGACUUCAAAGGCCUUCGCAACGAAGCUAAGUUUAGCACUAUGGAACCGUUCCCUAUUGUUGCUGUUGAUGGUUUACCCGAGCAGGUCACAGCGUAAGUUUUAUGUUUAGUGUUCAAUGUUUUUCACUGGUUGUUUGUAUUUUUAUUUUUUUGUUAUGUGACUUUGUUUUUUAUCAGUGUUCUCAUAGUGUCUUUUUUGUGUUUUCUUGUGUUUUUUUUCCAGUGAUUGUGGUGUUUUUGUUGCAUCAUUUGCUGAGUAUUUCAUUGAUGACAAACCCAUCCCAUCCUCUGAUUUUGAUGUGGAAAUUCACCGCGAUCGUUUGGCUGUGUUAUUUUAUCAAUAUGGGAUGAAGAAGCAAACUGAGAACAUUGAAAGUGAAUCCGAGGCCCCUCCCAGCCUUCCCAAGAAGUGAUUUGUUUUUUCAAUCAGACUGUCAUUGUUCUUAUAGUUUUUUAAUGUUUUUUAUGUUGUUUUUCGUAUACAAACAUUGGUGUUCUGUUGUGUUUCCUUACGUUUUGUGUGGACAAUAUGUAAUCUUUUAUUUUUGUAUGUUUUUUCUUAUUAUUUUUAUGUACAAACAAGUUGGUAUGUUAAAGUUGUUAGUUUUUUCA